AUGGGUUAUCCUCGUGUUCAGGGUGGUAUAAAUCAUCCUGUUGCGCAACAUUCUAUAAUGGAUUUUUCACCAUAUGAUCAACAUUUUUCUAAACGUGUUCGUGUUAAUGAUAAUGAUUUUCCUUUAAGUCCUCCAUUAAAUGCCGUACAUUAUGAUAAUAUGACACAUUCACCUCCUAUGUGUCAAGAUAAUGGUUCAGAUGAAGAACAUGAUUUAUUACCUACACCUGAACAUUCACCAAAUCAUACACCUGGAACAUCACCAACUUUAGGACCUCAUGUGGUUGAUCAUCAUGAUAUUUUCAAUAAUCAAACAAAUUUUUAUAAAAUUGAUAAUUCAGAUUGGAAACCACAAUGUCAUUCAAAUUUCACUUUUACGAUUCCUACACCAAUUUUUCCUAAUCGUAUUAGUGAUGUAUUUAAUGAUUUAACAUUUUCUCCAAGAGCUAGAGUUUUACCCCCUCUUCAAAAUAACAACAAUAAUGUUUCACCAGUUUCACCUACCACUGGUCCUAUUGGUAUUAAUAAUUCAUGUUUUGGAAUAUUCUCAAAUAACGUAAAUUAUUAUGGUC